AAAAUCAGCUUUUUGGUCCUCCAUUCUCAAAAUACUGCCCAAACUCAAAGCUCAUUCUUUUUACCAGAUUACUCAAGGUAAUAUUUCUAUAUGGAGCACCCCUUGGUGCUCGCGUUGGAAUGCUAUUUAUGAUCAUCUUAUUAUUCAACCUUCAGGAUAUAGUUACCCUUCUCUUGUUAAAGAUCUUUGGGUUCCCGAUAGGAAAGAAUGGAAUUCUACCCUUAUUUACUCUCUUUUCCAACAACCUCUUGCUUCUACUAUUAUGCAGACUGAUAUUAUUCAAGAGGACGGUCCAGAUAUUCUGUGUUGGGACCUUACCCCUAAUGGUUUCUUUGCAGGUCAAGAAUCUUCUAAAUGAGGUCUGGAAACAAAAGAUGAUGAUUCCCAGGGUAAAAACUUUUGCUUGGAGGCUUCUUAGAAAAGCUCUUCCCACAGGUUUGAGAGCUGGCCGCUUCUCCGUGCACAUAUCUCAACUUUGUAGCAGAUGCGGUAAGCCUGAGGAUGAGAUGCAUUUAUUUUUUCUUUGUGAUUUUGCUAGAGCUGCUUGGUUUCUGAAUCCUUGGUGCAUUAGAAUGGAUAUUUUAGUUCAAAGUAAUCAUAAUAUUCACAGUAUUUUCCUUGCUCUGAUUAAUAUGAAUCAUCCUCAUGCUUCUCUACCCAACAUUCUCAACUUUAUGUGGUGUCUUUGGAAAUCUAGGAAUGAUUAUUUAUUUAGUAGGAAAAAAUCUCUUCCUUAUCAUAUUAACACUACUGCUAUAGCCCUGUGUAAUGAACUCGAUGAUUCUAUACAUAUUUCUUCUCAACUCAAAUCCAAUGAGAUGGUCGGUGUUUUACCUCUUACUAAUCAGAUUCCUAUGCAGGGGAAAACGAUUAAGUCUGAUCUUCAAGUUACAGGACCAAAAGUAUACUCUGAUGCAGCAUUUAGAUGCAAAAAAAUUCCAGGCUUGACUCAAGGAUCUGUUGCUACUGGAAUUGGAAUUUACCUUUCUUUAUCACAAGACCAAUUGGAGGUCAAUGUGCAUAUCCAAGCUUCUACUGUUAUCACAGAUACACCUUUACAAGCUGAAGCUUUGGCGCUUCUUUUGGCGGCUAGAGUGGCCAAACAGCUAUGCAUUUCUCAGCCCACUUUUCUCACUGACAAUCUGUCUUUGGCAUCAUGGGUGGCUAGCAGAAAGAUUAAGGAAUCUACUACUCCUUGGACUAUAAGGAAAAUUCUGGCUGACUUCUUCUGCUACUCCUCAGAUCUUCAGUCCCAGGUGUUUCACAUCUCUAGGGAGAUCAAUGGUAUUGCACACAAUGUAGCUCACCAGGUUCUAACAUCAGUGGUAGAACCUGAUAUAUGUUGUUUCGCUUCAGCUCAUCGGAAUAUGACUUGCCCUGUAGUUUCUCUUCUCUCUACUUUUCAAUUUCAAGGCUUUGUAAUUCAUGUUGUACGGUGUUUCUGA